AUUAUAAUUCAUAAUAAUAUUCACCGAUUAUCGUACUAGGUAGUACCUAGCGGCUUGCUAAUGAAUUAUUUGCUGUUUUUUUUUUUUAACUGAUAAAUUACAUUAAUUAAAAAAAUAGUAUUACAUAAAUACUUAUCUGUUGUACGUAGCUUAAAAUUAUAUCUUUCAAUUAUACAACAUAAGAACUCAAAACAAUGAUGUUUUAGUUAUUUUCAUGGUAUUCUUCCGUUCUGUAUACCGUUUGUUGAUCAUGAGCAAACCUCAAGUGGUAUUUGUUCUCGGAGGCCCAGGUGCUGGUAAGGGUACGCAAUGUUCUAACAUAGUAUCUAAAUUUGGCUUUGUUCACCUAUCUGCGGGUGAUCUAUUAAGAGCCGAACGUAGUAAACCAGAUAGCAAAUAUGGAGAAUUAAUUGAUACUCACAUAAAGAACGGUACAAUAGUACCUGUAGAAGUUACUUGUAAACUCAUACAAAAUGCAAUGGUAGCAUCAGCAGCCAACAGGUUUCUGAUUGAUGGAUUUCCACGGAACAAAGAUAAUAUGAUUGGUUGGAACACAACUAUAGGUGACCAAGUCGAUUUGCUGUUUGUAUUAUUUUUAGACUGUCCCGAGGAGGUGUGUAUUGAACGGUGUAUGAAACGAGGUGCUGCAGGAAGUGGUCGUGCAGAUGACAACUUGGAAAGUUUGAAGAAGAGAAUCGUAACAUUUGUAAAUGAUUCCAUGCCAAUUAUUGAAUAUUUUAAAGAAAAAAAUUUAGUUAAAAGAGUUGAAGCAGGGAAAAAUGCUGAUGAUGUUUGGGCUGAAAUUGAACAAUUAUUUAAAAACCUUUAAAUAAUGUAACUUAUUAGAUUUUAAUUGCUAUUAACCAAAAAUAAUUGUUUACAACCUUACACUCCUGCACUAUUUUACAAGGUUUCAUUGAGAGCACAAUUAUUACAUCAAUAAAUAAUUAGGUAA